AUGUCUUGGUCGGAACAAAAACACUUUUUUUUAGCUAAUAGUAUCCAGCAAAAGCCUGCAAGACCAAAGAAAAAAAGUCAUGAUGAUGAGCAUGGUAAACACUAUGAUCGAACUAAGACUGUUUCGUAUUUCUUAUGUGAUGAAAACGGUGAGAAAGUUACGGUAUGUAAAAUGUUUUUUCUCACAACUUUGGGUUACAAGAAAAGUAACUGUAAGGCUGUGAGGAACAUUAUUGACACAUACUAUAAAACACAAUAUGCAGAGCCUAUUGCUGACGGCCGAGGUCAUAACCCGAAUCCAUCACAAAUAGACAGUACAAAGGUAAAAGAACAUAUUAUGUCUUUUCGUCCAGUUGUGUCGCAUUAUAGGAGAGUUCAUGCACCAAACCGGAAAUAUUUGCCCUCGGAUAUCAAUAUCCGCAUGAUGUACGACAAUUACUGUGCGAAAGAGCCUGAAAUAAAUGUGUCCUAUGGAUUUUAUAGGAAUGUCGUACAUGAACUUAAAAUAUCCUUAACAAAGCUCGGACACGAGGAAUGUGAAUUGUGCGAAAAAUUUUCUAUUCACAACCCUAACGCAGCAAUAAGGCACAGGAACUGCGAAGAAUGCCAAGAAUAUGAAGAUCAUCACACUAGGUACAUUUCAGCGAGAAAAAAAUAUGAAGAGGAUGUUGAAAGCCAAAUGAAGCAAAAAAGUACUGACACCAUAAUAUUUGCAGUUGAUUUAGAAAAGAAGCUUUCUCCACGAGGUAUAACAUCUGAGAGGAAAUCAGCUAUACUUUCCAAGCUUGGGCCACUCAUGCCUGACAACAGAAGAGGUUUUUGGGAAACCCUACCCAUUAACGACAGUUCAGCUGAUCUCACAGAAAUUUAUGAAGACUGA